AUGCUGGAAAUAUUUGAAAUGUUAAGAAAUUGCAUCAGAAAGAGCUUAAUAGACAUUAAAUCAGAAAUAAACUUCACAAAAGAUGAACUUAAGUUACUAUCUAGUACAAUUUUAGCAUUGCAACCGGUAAAAGCUGCAGUAGAGCAAUUAUGUUGUGAAGAUGUAAAUCUUUUUAUAUCUGAUAUUACCUUAAAAUUCAUGAUUGAUGUGCUUACAAGUCAAAAAACAGUUUUAAGUAUUGAACUGAAAGAGGCAUUGUUAGAUCGUAUAAAAGAUAGACGGACCAUUUAUUCUGAUGUUCUUCAGUACCUGCAUAAUCCGUUUCCUGAGGAAUCCAGUGGUGAAGAUUAUGGAGUAUUUAAUAAAACCAGCUAA